GUCUCCGAUUUCUGGAGCAGCCAAUCACCGUCACCGCGGUUCCGGGUUGUAAGGUCGGUUCGGAGCGGCCCAGACGCAGAUUCUCCCUAGAACCCCAGUACCCGGGUCAUGGCGCCCCGGACCUUCCUCCUGCUGCUCUCGGGGGCCCUGGCCCUGACCCAGACCGGGGCGGGCUCCCACUCCCUGCGGUAUUUCGACACCACCGUGUCCCGGCCCGGCCGCGGGGAGCCCCGGUACAUCUCCGUCGGCUACGUGGACGACACGCAGUUCGUGAGGUUCGACAGCGACGCCGCGAACCCGAGGAUGGAGCCGCGGGCACCGUGGAUUGGGCAGGAAGGGCCGGAGUAUUGGGAUCGGAACACACAGAUCGCCAAGGACAGCGCACAGACUUCCCGAGAGAGCCUGCGGACCGCGCUCGGCUACUACAACCAGAGCGACGCCGGGUCUCACACCAUCCAGUUGAUGUACGGCUGUGAAGUGAGUCCCGACGGGCGCCUCCUCCACGGGUACCAUCAGUAUGCCUACGACGGCGCCGAUUAUCUGGCCCUGAACGAGGACCUGCGCUCCUGGACGGCGGCAGACACGGCAGCUCAGAUGUCAAAGCGAAAAUUCGAGAAUCGCGGGGUGGCGGAGCGUUGGAGGGCCUACCUGGAGGGCACAUGCCUGCAGUGGCUGGGCAAAUACCUGGAGAACGGGAAGGAGACGCUGCAGCGAGUAGACCCCCCAAAGACACACAUGACCCACCACCGCAUCUCUGACCGUGAGGCCACGCUGAGAUGUUGGGCCCUGGGCUUCUACCCGGCGGAGAUCACCCUGACCUGGCAGCGGGAUGGGGAGGACCAGACCCAGGACAUGGAGCUUGUGGAGACCCGGCCUGCGGGAGACGGGACAUUCCAGAAGUGGGCAGCCCUGGUGGUCCCCACUGGAGAGGAACAGAAAUACACAUGCCGUGUGCAGCAUGAGGGGCUGUCUGAGCCUGUCACCCUGCGAUGGGAACUGUCUUCCCAGGCCAGCACCCCCAACAUAGGGGUCGUUGCUGGCCUCCUUCUCCUUGGAGCUGUGGUCCUUGGAGUUGUGGUGGCUGGAGCUGUUUGGAUGUGGAGGAAGAAGAACUCAGGUGGGAAAGGAGGGAGCUACACUCAAGGUUCACGCAGCAACAGUGACCAGGGCUCAGAUGUGUCUCUCACAGCUUCUAAAGCGUGAGACAGCAGCCAUGUGUGGGACUGAGUGAUACAAGAUGGGUUCAUGCCAAGCUUUGUGAUUCAAGAACCCCUGACUUCUCUUUUGGCAACUGGCCUCUGAAUGUGUCUGCGUUCCUAUGAGCAUAAUGUGAAGAUGUGGGGAGACUGCCCACUCCUGCCCGCCAGAUCUUCUUCUCCACACUGAUCAUGAUUGAUAUUCCCUGUUCCUGCAGAGGUGGGCUGGAAAGUCUCUAUCCCUCACAUAACAUCCUGUCACUGUGAUCUGCAAUGUUUCACUUUUCUGUGGAAAAUGAGAAUCUGAGAACGAAUUUGGUUAUUCAUAUUAGUUGGGGUUGAUGGGUUAAUUAAAGGAAAUGAAAAUUCUGAAAAUUGAAGAGAGAAAAUAAAUGCAAACCUGAGAAUGUUCCAGAAUCCAUGUGUUCACUGUCCUGAGUCUGUCAUAGGCAGGGUUGGGAGAGGGCAGUGGAGGAGCUGAGCACGGACAGGGCCUGUACCCAGUCAGUACUCGGGAAAGUGUGGACUUUGAUGUGGUCACUCCAUGGCUGGGUCAUCUUUGCAUCUUCAUUGUCCUUUUCCCUUUGGUAGAACCUUGUCCCACUAGGACCUGUGGUCACAAGGACUCAGGUAUCACCCGGGCCUUGUCUUGUCUUCAAAGCUGUGGGCAGUGAGGGUUCUGUGUGGCUGGGCUAGCCUGGGCUCAGGUCCAAGCCUGAUCCUUUGCCCCCAUCAUUUGUGUGAUUAUUUUUUUGUGUUUGUUUUUUUAGAGGAUUAUUCCGUUCUUCUUGUGUGUAAGUUCUGGUCUCAUUUGCUCUGGGUGUCCCCCGUCUCUGAUAGCUGCAAGAAUCACUUUGUCAAUGUCCCACAAGACCGUGGGCAUCCCCUGCACACAGGAGUCUCUGUGGUAAUGAGAGAUGAAUUUUCAGACUUGUCCAGAUCCUGCUCUCUUUCUAGGACUGUUCCGAGAGUGAGUCUUGUCAUUUUUUCCCUAACCUUUUUUAGAAAGGAGUCAAGUAGUUACUCAUCGUAGAUAAAUUUUUGUUUUGUUUCCAUCCUUUUCAGCUCCCCCACCCCACUCUCACUGCCCUUAGCUUUAUAACCCUAGUGCUGGCUCCACUCCAUCCCAAACUUAGGAAUUCAUCAAGCAGAGGCUAAUUUAAAUUCACUGUUGGUUGUAAUAUAUUUACCCAUCAGCCAAGGAUCAUUCUUCCAUGAAGAUGAAAAUAAAAUUGUGUGCUGUAGUGUGCCGAAGGGUGGGUGUCUUGGUCAUCUACUGCUGCUUUAACAGAAAUACCACAAGUGACUGGCUUUAACAAAGAGAAGUUUAUUCUGUCACAGUCCAAAAAGCUAGAAGUCUAAAUUCAGUACGCUGGCUCCAGGGGAAGGCUUUCUCUCUCUGUUGGCUCUGGAGGAAGGUCCUUGUGAUGCAGCAGUCUUCCCUUGGUCUGGGAGCAUCUCAGUGCAGAAACCUUAGGUCCAAAGGACAUGCUCUGCUCCUGGUGCUGCUUUCUUGGAGG